AUGCAGCUCUUGAGAGCGGUAGGAUUCAUCUAUGGAAACAUGCUUUUGCUUAGUUCCACCCUAGGGACAGGGAUUUUGUUUGUGUCUCCGAAAGGAGUAUUAAAAUACUCCUCACUGAACAUCCCUGUCUCCCUAAGUAUUUGGGCAGGUUGUGGCUUGCUGAACAUGAUGCAGGCUCUCUGUCUUGCAGAGUUGGCAACCACCUUCCCUGUGAGUGGAGCACCUUAUUAUUUCCUCAAGAGAUCUUUUGGAUCCUCUGUUGCUUUCCUAUGUCUUUGGAUACAGCUUUUUGGUCAUUUCCUAGGCAUUGGUGCUCUAUGCUUCCUAAUAGCUAGUAAUCUAGUUCAACUUUUCUAUUCUGGAUGCCCAGCUCCAGAGUUCCCAAAGAAAUGUCUCGCUUUGGCUGUUUUAUGGUCAUUUGGAAUUCUCAAUGCUCGAGGGAUAAAAACAGUGGCUCAAUUUCAGACUAUCAGCAGUCUCGUGAAGAUGACUGUUCUUUGUUUCAUUUCUCUAACUGGGAUUGUGCUGUUAGUGAUUGGGAAAAAGGAGAAUAUAUCCAGAUUUGAAAAUGCACUGGAUGCUGAACUUCCUGAUGCCUCACAGAUUGCAGAUGCCAUUCUCCAAGUAAACUAUUCAUAUUUAGGAGUACCACUCCUGAUCAACAUAGCAGGAGAAAUAAAAAGCCCUACUGAUACAAUUACAAGAUCUGUAAUAUCUGGCCUGUCCAUUGUGACUCUGUCAUACUUACUGACUAAUAUAUCAUACUUGGCAGUUCUGACACCACAGGAAAUCAUCUCUUCAGAUUCUAUUGCUGUCACAUGGAUGGACAAAGUCUUCCCUUCUGCACAAUGGGUACUUUCUUUGGGGAUCUCAACAUCACUGGUGACCAGUGGUUCUUCUGGAAUACUUUCAGCAUCAAGAAUAUUUUACUGUGCAAGUCAAAAUGGACAAUUACCUGUCAUCUAUUCAAUGCUUAAUGAUCAUCACUCUCCAGUUGUAGCAGUCAUCCUGACUACCAUUUUAUCUUCUAUUGCAAUAAUAGCUUCAGAUUUAAUCUACCUAGUGAAAUAUGUGACGCUAGGAACAUCGUGUGUAAAUUUGCUGAAUGUGAUAGGGUUGCUUAAACUAAGGUACCAGAAGCCUGAUCUACCAAGACCUUAUAAGGUGUGGCUUCCACUUAUAUUUGGAUCAAUAGCUUCAUCACUUUUUCUCAUUUUCAUGCCAGUGAUUCAGUCUCCUAAUAUGGAGCAUGUCUAUCAGGUUGUCUUUCUUUUCUGUGGAUUUCUUUGUUACUGGCUUCAAGCUCACCUUCAUAGACAUGCUGUAUGUUUUGACACAAUCACUUGUUACUGUCAAUUGCUUUUCAAUGUCUCACCAUCUGAGGACCAAGAUAAAUUAAUUCCUUCCUAA